UCACCCUCAGACAUUAACCUCAGAACUUAGAACCAUGUUUCCUGGUGACCUCAUUGGGCUUCAUUACCUGGCACCAGAAAACCAAAUCCUGAUUCCAGACAACCUUAACACGAUCCAAAACACAAUCCCAGCUUUCUGUUUCGACAGAUUCUCAAACAGCCAAUCCAAUUCCCAACACACCCCAGCGGUUCAUGAGUUCGUUGCACAGUCCUUGUGUACUUCUACUUCAGAUGAAGCUGAAGAACAUCAGCCGAGCAUGAUCGUCGAUGUGCGGAAACAACGGAGGUUGAUAUCGAAUCGGGAAUCCGCUCGUCGGUCGAGGAUGCGGAAACAGAAGCACCUUGAUGAACUCUGGUCGCAGGUAAUUAGGCUUCGGAAUGAGAACCAGAAUCUCACAGGCAAAUUAAACCAUGUAUCAGAGUACCAUGACCAAGUUGUUCGAGAAAAUGCAAGGCUCAAGGAAGAAGCCUCCGAACUUCGUCGAAUGGCAAUCGAUAUAGCGAUCGGCAGCCCGGCCGCUUUCACUCGCAUUGACGGAGCUGGAAGAGGUUCCCUGCAACACUGCUUACCUGAGAGCUGAGACGUCAACAAACCAAUCCAUUGCUAACUCUGUAGAUUUGCUUCAUUGAGAUGCCAUAAAUAAACAAUCCCUA